CCAGCCUCCUCCGCCGCCUCCUCCCCAGAUCGCCGCCGGCGCCAGAGCAGAAAGGCAAAGAUCCCCUCGUAUGCAGCCCCCCCGUCCUCCCGCGCGACUCCGUGGCAUGCAGUUGCUUGCGCCGCCUCCUCUUCCUCUCCGACCCCCAAUUCCGACGCUGCUCCCGCAUCCGCCACCGCCGCGGCCUUCGAGCCAGCUCCGGGCGCCCCCUACCGCCUCCCCCGCGGACUCUUCUCCUUGGAGCUCGACGGCUGCUACAUGGCCCUAGGAUGGCGCCACGGCCUCGGGCUCUUCUUCCACAAGAUCCGGUUCGAGGUCCUGGUGUGGGAUCCCGUCGCCGGCCACCAGCGCCUCCUGGCCGUUCCCCCGGAUUUCGAGUUCCAGGGGGGCAAGGGUGAUAUCAGCGGCGCGGUGCUUCGCGCCGCCGGAGACGUCGACCACUUCCGGGUGGUCAUGGUAGGCAGCAACGGGAAGCAGCCUAGAACAGUGCUCGCCUGCGUUUACUCGUCGGAGACCGGCGCAUGGGGCGAUUUCAUCUCGGCGCCGCUUCCAUCCGAGGGUUUGUUCAUUUUCAGGUCCCAGCCCGCUGUGCUGGCAGGGGAUUGCCUUCACUGGUCGCUUACCAUGGCGGGUUCGAGAAGUAUCCUCAAGUUUGAUUUGAACAGGAAGAGCCUAGAUCUGAGGCUGCUGCCAGGGGAUUAUUACACCCCGCUCAGUCCUGUCAAAUUCGCGGUUAUGCGAGCAGAGGGUGGUGGGAUGGGUUUCCUCUUCUUAUUCGGCUUUACCGCCGAAUUAUGGAGUCUGAAGCCCAAUCGCGACGGUGUUAUGAUAUGGGAGCCAGGGAGAAGUAUUGAGCUGGACAAGUUACUUCGACUAAAUCCAAAGAAAGAUCCCCCACAGGUGAUAGGGUAUGCCGAGGAAAACAAUGUGGUGUUCUUCUGGACAGUUGUUGGUGUCUUCAUGGUCCAUCUUGAGUCAUGGCGGUUCAAGAAGCUCUCUAAGACUAGUCUCGAUUCUUGGUACCAUCCAUUUGAAAUUGCCUAUCCUCCAGGCAUUGGUGGUGGACACGAUGGAGCUAAAGUUGUGAGUCAUUGGUGGAUGACACGAUGGGCACGAUACACAAAGCAAUUGUUCAGUUAGAUAUGCUAUUGUGAUGUAUUGGUUGAGCAGGUCAGCGGCAUGAGGCUUGGAGUGUGCUUCUAGAGAGUUGGACUGGAGAGACUUUGUACAGGACUUGUGAAGACUCAUUUGUAGGUGUUCUCACCAUGCAUCUUGGUUGUGUUACUAUAUAUGAUAUGGCCGUCAGACAUAUCAGUGUACCCAUGAGAGUACUAGAUAUAUUGCACGAACAUAUGUGUGCUUAUGGCAGUGUUCUUCAUAUUUUCCAUAUGUAGCUACGACUUGGUUGAACAGCAAAUGUGUAUGCAUACAUCUAUAGACCGUACUGGGAAUAUAUAUGGUGAUUAGUAGGUA